CACAGCUAGUAAGUGUCUGAGGCUGGAUUUGAACUCAGGAAGAUAGUGUGCACUGUGGCACCACCUGCCUACAAGCUUACCUGGAGAGCAAGAGCAGCUUCACCUGGGGAAGGGAUUUUCCUGGUUUAGAGAUUUAGGCUAGGACCAGUCCUCAGUAUGCCAACUCCUCUACUCCCCUCGAGGCAUGUCUUCUGUUAGCUCUUCUCGUUGCCCCCUCCAGACCUGCUUGGGGAGGUUGAAGAAGAAUAAUGGGAGGAACUGAGUUAGACUUUAGGAGGCACUUUUCAGCCCUUCUCUUGGACCAGUCUUUGCUGUUUACCAUUUUUUCCACCACUUCUGAGCCCCUUUGAGGGCUCCAACCUAGCGCUGCCAACAUUGAUUGAUUUAUGUACCAAUCUCUGUCUACGUGUAAUCAAUCUAAUUAACACAGGCUGACUGAUGAUCAGUGGAGAGUACAUUGGUGAGGGCUCAAGAACUCAUGUUAGAAAUCAGCUCCAACCCUUAAGAAUUCGAGAUCCCAGAAGAGACAAGCAGUUAACCAUCUGAGGAACCAGCUUUCCUGUGGAAGUUGAGGAAGGAGUCCUCAUGAAUUCCUCUAUGGACCAUGUCCAUGAUCCUUUUUGCCUGUGUGGUACGAGUGAGAGAUGGAUUGCCCCUCUCUGCCUCCACAGAUUUUCACCAUAACCAGGACUUUUUGGAAUGCAGAAAGCAGCUAAAAACAUUGUCCUUAAUUUUGACACAGUUUCCGGGUCGGGGGACCGCAGAAGGACAUGACCUCAAUAUACACUUUGACUCUUCUGGAGCCAUAGCCUGCAUGGGGAUCUGCUCCCGCAGUUAUCCUGUGGCCAUGGCCUUCUGCUUUCUAGAGGCUCUUCGCUGGGAGUUCACUGCUUCCUAUGACAAUACCAGCAUAGGCUUGGCUUCCAGACCAUAUGCCUUUCUCAAAUUCGAUAGUGUCAUUCAGAAAGUGAAAUGGCAUUUUAACUAUGCAAGCUCUUCUCAGCUGAAGAACCACUUAGAGAAGAUUCAGGAAGAGCUGCUGCUCCAGCCUCCAUUGGUCCUGAGACUGGAGGACACAGAAGUGAUGAAUGGGCUAAGAAGUAAUCACUCCCCGAUGCAGGCUGAAUAUGCUCCAAAUUACCGGAUGAAGCCAGUGACAGCUCUGGGGAUUCUGUCUCUUAUUCUGAACAUCAUGUGUGCUGCUUUGAACCUUAUUCGAGGAAUUCAUCUAGCGGAGCAUUCCUUUCAGGAUGAUCCUGAGACAAUUGGGAGCAUAAUGGCGUUUCUCAUCCCCUUUGUAGCCUGCAUUUUUCAGUGUUAUCUGUACCUGUUCUACAGUUCCACAAGGCUUCUGAAGGUGGCCGUCAUCCUGUUCUUCAUUUGUCUGUGUAAUAUUUACCUGCAUGGCCUAAGGAACCUCUGGCAAAUACUCUUCCACAUAGGAGUGGCUUUUCUGUCUUCCUAUCAGAUCCUGACGAGACAGCUGCGAGACAAAGUGCUCCAUGGUGGUGUUUGACACCCUGAGGCACUAAGGCUUGGACCGGGCUGCUCUCCUUUCUUCCUCGGUGAGGGGGAAGGGCAGGGGAAUGCACAGUUUUUCCUGUGGAAAGAGGAUUACAGCCACUUGUCUGGUUUGGUCUUUCCCCUUUCAGUUUUGGGUCUCGUGGGUACAUGUCCUAAUAGACUGGACAGAAGAACUGAAGGUCCAGACUUCAUCAUGACAGAUGUAGUGGAAGGGAAGAGGAGAGCUUCUGUGUACCGCAUACAUUCCAGGUGGAUGCAGAGCAGAGGGCAGGCUCUCCCAUUCAGUUUAUCAUCUUAUGACUUACAUUUCUAUAGUGCUUCAAAGUUUACAAAGCCCUUUCCUCCCAGUAGCCUUGUGAGGGGGGUAGAGCAAGGAUCAUUAUCCUGAUUUACAAAUCAUAGGAUUAUAGAUUGAGAUUUGGUGCCAUCAUGUCCAACCCAUUCAUUUUUCAGAUAAGGAAACACAGCUAGAAAGUGUUGAAACCUGGAUAUGAACCCAGGUCUUCAGAUGCCAAGCCUCUCCACUUGAACGGGAACAUGUUUGUAAAAUAUUUUCCAGUAACAAAACUAGAACUACUUUAGAUUGGAAUAAUUGAAUCAAGAACUGAAAAAAUGUUUUUUUUGUUGUGGCUGUGCUAUGCAGUCAUGUGGUAGAGGUAGAGAUACUAUUUUUGGAGAUUAGUUGUUUGCCUCAGAAGAACUACUUGUUUCUUAUUUAUACUUUUUAGUUUCUUAAUUCUCCUCAAUUAGCCAAAAUGUGAUGGCAGACAUUUUAAAGAGGGUCCGUAGAUAGUUUUAAAAGUAGUUACUUUAAAAUAGUCACCGGAAUAAAUUAUGAAAUUGAGCUCUAAUUGCUGUCUAGAAAACACAAGCUAAUUAGAUUUUCUGGAAAUUAGUUUUAAAGUUUCCAGUGCUGAUUAGUAUGACAUAGCCCAAAUUCACUUAUAAUGCUCAUCUGGCAUGAGAAAAAAUAUGAGCUUUCCUAGUGUUUAAGGCUACUGAUUUUAAUUUUUUUUUUUUUAACAUUUUAACCUACCUGGUGGUGGGAAAGUUAAUUAAAGAACUUUUGGGUAAUCAGAUACCUAUUUGCAACUAUUUGUACUAUGUAAUACAAGGCUAUGAUCUAAUCAUUUUUAAAAAUUCACUAAUAUUACAUAUAUUGAGCAUAUUCAGAUGGAUAGAUCUAAAUGAUUGGAAAAGCAUUUAUUAAAUGCUUAUUAAUGUGCCAGGCACUGUGCUAAGCACUAGGGUAUGAUAGUUCAGGAAUUGCUUGCUAGAUAUGGUCUCCAGUUGGCCGGUAACUGGAUUAGAUAAAUUACAUUGACUCAGGAGCACUGUAUAAUGUUGAUUGAGAAGAAAUGCAAUAGAAAAGAAAAAUGAAAAGAGAUGAAUUAAAAUCAGAUGGGUACAGAACAGUUGAUAAAACUUUAUGUGUCCGAAAUCUACCUGUCACAGCAAAUAAAAGUGGUUGGAAUGAAGCUGUUGGUUGUACAGAUGGGGUAGCACCUUCACAGGGCCACUGUUGAAUUUUAAAGGCUUAAUAUCAACAUCCCCUUCCUCUCUCAUUUCCCUUGUCCCCACACCAUCCAACUUGGUCAUAUUAACCAAACUCACAAGAGAUGACUGAAUUAUAAACCAGAAUAUAAAUUUAUUAAUUUACUAUAGAAGCCACUUUGAGUUGGCCAGGUGAUUGAAUGGUUAGUCAGUACCAUCUGUUAUUCCUUUGUGGAAACUCUACUAGGAAAACCAAGUUAAUAAUAGAACUUGGCUUGACUAGUUAGAGUCAGAAGGAAGAGACACUAGAAGGUGUUAAAGGAUAUUGUCCUCAAACUCUAAUGGCUGGAAGCAUUCUCUUUGUAGGGAUCUACUUCAUUGUAGACUGGAUGCUUUUGCUUGUUGAUUAGGAUGUCUUUUCCCCUGCAGAGUUCUGGAUCAGAAUUAAGAGAACUUUUUGGUUUUCCUUUUUCCUAGAUUCUGUGUAGACCUGCCUUUCUCUUGUGACAUCAUUGUCAUGAAUGUUACAAUGAGUUUGACCAGGUCCUAAUUUAUUUUACCUUAUUUUUCCUUCAAAUAGGUAUCUCCUUAAGGUAGUUUUGGGAACCUUGUUAGCCUCAUCAACAAAUACCAUCUCUUUGUAUAAGUUAGUUUAGUGGGUAUCUAAUAACUUUACCAAUUUUAUAUUUAUUCCACUGUUCAAAACAUGUUUUGUCUCAUGGAAAUUUUGUGGCGUUUUAUAUGUAUGUUUUUGAUGCUGAAUUCAAAAACACCAAUGGAAUACUCACUGUUAUCGAGUAAAAUGAAUUUUUAUAGAAAUAUGCAAUAUGAGGGAGUAAUAAAAUAUGGUUUGAUUGAGGGGAAGUGGAAAUGUGUAGGGCAAUUGAGAUAUGUUCUUUUCUACGUUUAGUUAUGCAGCGAAACUGUCAACGUGUCACAGACCUUUCUGUAAGUUGUGUGUUCACUGUCGUUUGAUAAACAUCACUAUUGUUUCUGAUCAUGUUUUUUCAAAUAUUUGUAUUUUGUUUACAUUUUAAAAAUUCCCAUUAUGCCUCA